CGCCCGCACACACUCUCCUCGAGUCACUCGACCGCUCCACUCUCACCCGCCCCGAGUUCCGACCACCUCCCUCCGCGGCCGCGCCCAAACCCCGCCACGCAAAACCCUAACCGGCCAGCCCCACGCCGGCCACCACCACCGCCAUGCCGACCGCUCCCCACCACCUCCUUGCCACCACCUCCUUCCUCCUCCUCCUUCUGGCCUCCGCGCCCAGCCCCGCGGCCCCCGCCUCCACCGACCGCGCGGCGCUCCUGGCCUUCCGCGCCGCCCUGACGCCGCCCUCCCGCGCCGCGCUUUCCUCCUGGCGCGGCCCGCUCUCGCCGUCCUGGGUCGGCAUCUCACUCCACCCCGCCGCGGCGCCAGCCGCCGCCCCCUCCGUCGCCGAGCUCGCGCUCCGGGGCCUCAACCUCACCGGCGCGCUCCCGGCGGCGCCGCUCGCGCUCCUCCGCCGCCUCCGCGCGCUCGACCUCUCCGCCAACGCGCUCUCGGGGGAGCUCCCCUGCUCCCUCCCGCGCUCCCUCGUCUCGCUCGACCUCUCCCGCAACGCGCUCUCCGGGGCCGUCCCCACCUGCCUGCCGUCCUCGCUCCCCGCGCUCCGCGCCCUCAACCUCUCCGCCAACUCCCUCCGCCUCCCGCUCUCCCCGCGGCUCUCCUUCUCCGCGCGCCUCGCCGCCCUCGACCUCUCCCGCAACGCCAUCUCCGGCGCCGUCCCCCCGCGGAUCGUCGCCGACCCCGACGCCUCCGCGCUCCUCCUCCUCGACCUCUCCCACAAUCGCUUCUCCGGCGAGAUUCCCGCCGGGAUUACCGCGAUACGGAGUCUGCAGGGUCUGUUCCUCGCGGGCAACCAGCUGUCCGGGGAGAUUCCUCCCGGAAUCGGGAACCUGACCUACUUGCAGGUGCUGGAUUUGUCAAAUAACCGGCUGUCCGGUGCAGUGCCCGCCGGACUUGCAGGCUGCUUCCAGCUUCUGUACCUGCGGCUCGGGGGGAACCGGCUCUCUGGGUUGCUGCGGCCGGAGCUUGACGCUCUUGAUAGCCUCAAGGUUCUAGAUUUGUCGAACAACAAGAUAUCUGGAGAGAUUCCACUACCGUUGGCUGGGUGUAGGUCUCUGGAGGUAGUGGACUUGUCGGGAAAUGACAUCAGUGGGGAGCUCAGCAGUGCUGUAGAGAAAUGGUUGAGUUUGAGGUUCUUGUCGCUGGCUGGUAACCAGCUUUCCGGCCAGCUACCUGAUUGGAUGUUCUCGUUUCCCCUGCUCCAGUGGCUUGAUUUGUCUGGCAAUAAGUUUGUGGGUUUCAUCCCAGAUGGUGGGUUCAAUGCCAGUGCAGUGCUUAACAGUGGAGGUGGUCAGGGGAUUCCAUCAGAGGGUGUGCUUCCACCUCAGUUGUUUGUGUCAGCAUCCGUGGAUACGGUUUCAUGGCAGUUGGAUCUGGUGUAUGAUCUUCAGGCAACUACUGGGAUAGAUCUGUCAAGGAAUGAACUCCGUGGGGAGAUACCGGAAGGGUUGGUUGCAAUGAAGGGACUGGAGUAUUUGAACCUCUCUUGUAAUUACUUGGCUGGGAAGAUCCCUGCAGGGCUUGGUGGAAUGGGGAGGUUGCAUACACUUGACUUCUCACAUAAUGGGCUGUCAGGGGAGGUGCCUCCUGGCAUUGCAGCCAUGGCAGAGCUUGAGGUCCUUAAUCUCUCCUACAAUAGUCUGUCUGGGCCUUUGCCAACAUCUAAGUUCCCAGGAGCAUUGGCAGGAAAUCCAGGAAUAUGCACUGGUGAAGGAUGCUCUGAGGAUGCAAGGAUGCCAGAAGGGAAAAUGGAAGGAAGCAAUCAUCGUGGUUGGCUUGGUGGCUGGCAUGGAGAAAAUGGAUGGGUGUCUCUUGGUGCAUUCUGUAUCAGCACGAUGACUAGCUUCUAUGUAUCGUUGGCGACCUUGCUAUGCUCCCCUAAGGCAAGAAACUUUGUGUUUCGGCCUGUCCGGGUUGAAUAUUUACAAUAGGAGGAGAAUUUCGAAAUUAGGAUGUCAUGUAAAUAAGCAGAUAUUUGUGAAGCCUGAGUGACUCUAGUGUGCAGCUGAUCAUCAAGAAAGAUGAUAUCUGAUCAUCAAGCAGAUCUUCAGCCAAGAGGUGAUGCCUGAUUGUUUUCUAAUGUUAUUGCUCCAGAUAUUUGUAGAUCCAGUUGCAACAUACUUGCUUCUGUUGUACAAUGCAAUCAGGUGGUAGACCUGCCAUGUUUGAGGGGAUUGGGCACCAGUUUCUGCUUGACCAGAUCAUGAGUCUUGAUACCAAGGAUGCACAUAACUAGGUGGUGCAUUAGCCACAAUCAGAACUGUUGUACUGCGCGCAAGUUCAGAUGUAAAUACUCUCUGGAUUUUCAGUUCCUGUCCAGUUCAAAACUGGUCAUGCUUGUAGUGUUGUUGAGCUACUGUUUGAUGUUAUAUCAAUUUAACGGCGAUCAUUUGUUGAAUAUAUGAAUUCUGUCUACUUUGUACCUGUAA